CGGAAAAGAAUGAUCUACUCCAGAAUCUGACUUCGAUGAGUAUUGGUGUUGACGUCAUGGAUCAAGUUACUCAGCUGAAGAAUGAAAAGCACAAAUGUCUAUUUGCAAGAGGAUUUUUGUACUUUUAUAACAUACUAUUCGCAAAUCAUAAAUCUGGAUUCUGGUUCUGAUAAGCGCGUUAACUAACUUUCACGUUACUACCAAAGAACUGACUAUAUUGUGUAAAAGAAUGACAGGAUUAAUGUUUUCUUCAAAGCUUAUACCUACAGAAACCUUUCCAUUACGUUUAAUACAUCGGUUUCGAAGUUAUGCUUUCAAAUUAAGAAGUUUUGAUCCUCCCUAUUUGUCUGUUAAACCGCAUAUCCAUUUGUAUCAAGGAAUUCAGUUUGAUGUAACUGGGCAUGAUUAUGCACAGCUAGAAAAAUUUACUUCGUAUAUUCACAAAUGUUUCAACAUUUAUGGAUAUGAAGUCGACAAUUUUCCUUUACCUCCUAAAAAGAAAUCUUUUCGCUUGUACCAUGCCAAUUCCACAAAGAUUCGAUCCGAAUUCGAAAUAUCUGAAUUCCGGAGGAUAUAUAGAAUAUCAGGUUUGAAAACAAUCCAUUUAGCAAUUUUAUUGGAUCUUAUAUACCAGAACUUACCUGCAGGAAUCAGAAUAAAUGUUGGAAAGACAAAUAAUAAUUUGGAUGAAGAUCGUUUCGUCCCGCAGUUGGAAAAAGAAGCUUUGGAGAAAGAACUAUCGAAAAUCAAAUCAUAAACAUUUUUAUUUCACUAGCUUCCGUUAUAAAAUUACAAAUAACUUGUUAAGUCUCGCCUAAUUUUUUAAGAGAUCGAACAAUAUUAUGUAGUUUCGAUGGAGAAUUAGUUUUAUCUCGAUGAAAAUUUCAGGGCAGAUAUAGUAUAUUAGAGGCAUAAAGUAUGGUAUAGCGUUCAUCAUUAUAUUCUUUUUUUUCUCACCGUCACUCCGAAGUAACUUUAGGGUACUUUUGGAAUCACCUAAUAAUGCUGAAUUUCGGUAGUCUGUUAAUCAGUUUCAGUAGGUCAUAGUCUUGUUAGUAUACACUACAUAUUGUAUCGGUGUGACAUUAGUAAGACAAGUCUCAAAGGUAAUCAACAUUCCAAAUAAGCUACUUUCUUUUCUAUUGUCGGAAGAUUUGAUAAAGAAAUGUCGAUCUGUAAGACAGCUUACCUUUUGCAUAAUAAAAUUUUCA